UCUCUCUCUCUAUCUCUCUCUAUUUUUAUAUGUAAUCUUCUCUCUCUCAAAUACACAACGGAUAACAAAAAUCCAUUCUUAAAAAAUCCUAAUUCUUCGUUCCUCGCGCCUAAAGAUUAAACAGAGAAAAACACAGAGGUGAGAAUCACAUAGAAAAGAAGAAAAUAAAAGCAGAGAGAAGAGAAGAGGAUUACUGUGUUCUGAAAUAAGAUUGGUUUUUCACCUUUCGUUAGAAUCACAAGCGUUCUCUUUAUUUGCAGAGAGUUUUGGGAGGCCUCUUUCUUUGUGGGUUAUUUUUUCUUUUACUUUUUUUUAUUAGUUGUAGUUUUAUUGAGGCAAUGGAGACCAUAAAUGAGCACUGGGAAAAAGAAGCGAGCUUUAAUGGCGGAAAAGAAGAAGUGAAGGAAAAAGAAAGAGAGGAGGAGGAAGAGGAUGAUAAGUUUUUGGAAGGAAUGGCCGUUUUGGAUUUCGAUAUGCUUUGUGCUACAGUGGCUUUGCAGAGCCAGGGUUUGUACUCGGAGAAAGGGAGGGAUUUGAAGGGAGCGGGAGGAGGAGGAGUAGGGUUGCAGCGAAUGUGGGAGGGACAGGUCUUUGACUGCUUUGAGGAUCGUCGGAUCGCCAUUGAAACUGGGUGUUGUCCAUGCUCUACAUUUGGGAAGAAUAUGGCGAGAGCUGGUUUCGGAUCAUGUUUUCUACAGGGAGGCAUUCAUCUUUUGAUUGUGAUGAUUGCUCUGGUCUGCUUCAUUGCCUAUGCUGUAACAAGUCAGAUAUGUUUUCUAUACGUGGCUGGUGCUUUCACCAUUUCUGUAGGGUUAUACUUGGGAUAUUUCCGAAUACAGAUCAGAAAGCGUUUCAACAUUAGUGGUACUGAUGGUGCCAUGGAGGAUUGUGUGAACCAUCUUCUUUGUCAUUGCUGCACAUUAUGCCAGGAGUCUCGGACAUUAGAGAUGAACAAUGUUCGAGAUGGUGUAUGGCAUGGCCGCAGCGACACCAUAUGCAUUGGAGGGAGUCAAAGAGAAGGUAGUAACAAACCUUUUUUUGAGCUGCAAAACCCCAAAGAAUGCAGCAUGGAAAGACCUGGCAACAAAACUGACGAAAAUCACUCUUGGAACGAAGGUUCCAACCACUCAGAGCCCUUAAUGGCUGCCCAAUAGUAGAGGAGUCUAGGUUUUCCAUGUAGCCCAAAGAAGAGUAGGGUUGCUUUCCCCCCUUCAAAUAUUUGAAACCUCAAGGGGGUGUUGGCAUGCCCAUCACUGUCUAUAUUUUUAUAUGAGUACUUGGAAGGUCCUUUUUUUCUUUUCUUUGUAACAUUAAUAUGUGUCAAUUUUUUCAGCUUUUAGUGAAAUGAAUCUGGGCUUCUUUUGAGCUUUGGAUAAUGUAGUGAUCUUCUGUAAAAUUCUGAGGGAAUUUAUAGUAUACAUGGUAGCAUUUGCUGUGCCAUACACAGGCAGGGCAUUAACCGCCCAUGUUACUGUUCAUCUCCACCAUCUGUCUUGAAACUGUAUGGUCGAUGCUCUGUUCAUGUAUCUUAAGACAUACAUGUCUAUAGUAUACUUUUGCAUAGGUUAAAGUGUAUUAUGAUAGAGUAGCAUACUGCUCUUUGUAUUACUGUAACAUUGCUUUCAGCUGUCAGGCAACAGAUGGCUGAUUUGAACCUUUUUUUCCCUCUCAAGUGGGCUUGGUGGACUUUGGUGGAGAAGUGGCGGAUUGUUAAUGUUACCUAUAGCAUUAACAGUGUGUCAUUAAUGACAUGGUAUAUAAACAUUGCCGAAUAUUGGUACCUUGGUAAAUAUUUUACUUAAUUUUAUGCAAGUUAGUUUAUGAUAUC